UUGGUGUGCAAGAUGGCGACAGUCGGGGAUAAUGGAAGUUUGGACGGGGAAGACUCCUCAAAAAAUGAGGGUGAUGUGCUUGGAAAUAUGUGUAAAAAGAACGGCAUAGACCAUAGUUGCUUUCUUGGCGAUCAUUAUAGAGAUAGCGUGGAGGCAAGGUUUGUAAAUUCUGGAAGGAUGUCCCGGUUGAAUGGAACAUCAAAAUCUCAUUCUGUGUCGGCUUCAUUUACAAAACCCUCCAUCCCGUCGCUGAGAUCUCGCAAGGAAAAACUUUGUACGGAAACAUGUCGUCGAAAGCGGCGACCGUCCAAACACGAAUCCUCAGAGGAUAAAGAAAGAUGUAUAAGUGAAAAACACGUGACAAAUACAAAUGGAAUCUCAUCCAAUCAGAAUGCCAAUAACAAUAAAGUGCCAAGUUUUUGUUUGGAUCAAUCGUCCAAGUGUGAUCAAUUGAGCCCCGACAAGUCCCGUUCAUGUACACCAACGUCGCCAUCUAGUGAUAAACAAAAGUGUGUAAAUGGGAAGGACGUCCCCGUGGUUGCCAUGGUGAUUGACAAGAUGAAAGGACCUUUGCCCGAUAUUUUACAAUCAUGUCGGUCGGAAAUUAGCGACACUGGUCCAUGUUUACUAAGCUCGGCAGGGAUUAACGUCAAACAAUCAUGUCACCAGUUGUCUCCCCUUACCUCAAAACAAACUACAACAAACGGCACAGAUUCAGUAUUUCUCGUUCCGUCGUGGAUAGGAAAUAACUCUAAGCCUUCGACUCCGACGUCAUCACGGUCAGGAACACCACUGCCUUAUGGGAUCUCAAAUAAUUUAAAUUCAGCCUCGUCGACGUCAGGCGUCCUGGAGAAUGGGACCGAAGUGACGACAACCCAGAAGGAAACCACGGUAACAUGUCAGUGGCUGAAUUGUGAUAUUUCAUUAAAGUCAACAGACCUUAUGGAUCAUAUUGGACAGAAACAUGUGGAAACCCAGUCAAGCAGUGAAACGUUCGUCUGUCUGUGGAAUGGCUGUAAGGUUUACGAUAAAUCCUCCUGUUCUAUAUCGUGGUUAGAACGCCAUAUUGUAUGUCAUAGUGGCGAUAAACCAUUUAAAUGUAUAGUAGACAAGUGUCACAUGCGUUUUACCAGUCGCGCUGGUCUCGAACGUCACGUCAACGGACAUUUUAACACGGUACCUGCCCAACAAAAAGUUGUUAAAUCAGGGGAGAGCACUCCAACAAAGCUACUUAAAAAACGUAGAUUGAAGAGAAGACGUCCUGCAGGAGUUCGUACAGGUGAUUUUUUUGAUAGUGGUAUUAUGGACAUGUUACAUCAACAGUUACAGGAUGUAACAGAUAACUGUACAGUAGAUAUAUCAGGAACACCACAUUCAUUAACAUUCCACAGUACGGUUGUUGCCAGAAGAAAAGAUGAAUCAGGGAAAAUCAAACUUUUAUUACAAUGGAAACCUUUUAAUAUAUUACCAGAUGUAUGGGUGAGUGAAAGUGAAGCUGAAGAAUUGAGUAAAAAAGUAGUUCCAAUCACCCAAUUACCACCUGAAACUGCUGCCAAUAUCCAUCCAACCUCAUAUCGCAAUCACCGCUUUCGUAAACAUCGACGAAAAUGAACAACAAAUCAGCUCCCUUCAACAAACACAUCGUCUCACAUGACUGGAAAACUUAUUCUCAACUUCAGCAUGAUUUAACUCAAAUUUUUUUUUUUUGUGUGUUGUUUCUGUUCGGAGACAAAAUGUUAAUUAUUUAUGUUCUCAUUUAGGAAUAAUCCAUCAACAGAAAUUUCCCAUAAUGUACGCUAAAUAUUUUGAGUGUUCGUAAAAUUUAAAUUUCUUAAAUUAAAUUUAAAAUGCUAAUCUAAGUAAUCAAGAUAUGCUUCUAGUUGGGUGUAGAGUGAAGCUCUGAGAUCUGUUCCACGAAACAGAACACAGUUUUUAUGGGAUACAAUCACUAGUUGUAUACU